AUGGAAAGACUACGGCUGGGCUCUCGCAUAUAUGCGAAAGGUGGGACAGUAUGGGUUCAAAAGGCAUGCUAUUCGUCCCGAACCUGUAGUCCAUUGGCAAGAUACGACGAGCUUGUCGAUAAGGAACGACUGAGAGAUGAUCCGCAUCAAAGGCGUGUCAUAAAGUCACUGAGUGGUUUGCAUGCCGACUUGGUUAAUUACAGGCCUCCUGAAGUACGUGAUCCCAGUGCCUUAAGCCAGGUGGGCUGGAGAUCUAGCUACUUGGGCAAGCUAUUGUUUUCACAGAAAUACUCGACGGAGGGUAUUCCCAAGGGCCUCUAUCUGUACGGCGACGUGGGGUGCGGGAAGACCAUGCUUAUGGAUCUAUUCUACUCAACCAUCCCGCCACACCUCUCCAAGCGUAGGAUGCACUUCCACCAAUUCAUACAGUAUGUUCACAAAAGAUCGCACGAACUCGUGCACGAACUUAAUUUGGAUGCUUUGGGGUCUGCCAAGCAUAAGGACAUCGACUCUAUCCCAUUUCUGGCGACCGAAAUCGCUCGAAAAUCCCGCGUUCUAUGUUUUGACGAAUUUCAGGUUACAGACGUUGCUGACGCUAUGAUGCUUAGGAGACUUAUAACAGCACUACUCUCCACCAGGUACGGGGUCGUGCUGUUUGCUACAAGCAACCGCAAACCGGAUGAUCUGUACAUCAAUGGUAUCCAGCGUGAGUCUUUUAUUCCUUGCAUAGAGCUCUUGAAGGCACGAACGCAGGUGGUGAACUUGGACUCCAAAACCGAUUACCGAAAAGUCAGCAAGCCUGUUUCCCCCGUGUAUUACUUUCCCAGUAAGGGAACCAAGUACAGAUCCCCCGAGUGCGCCUCCGAGAGACACAAACACAUCGAGCAAUGGUACAGCUAUUUCUCUCAGCUGGAGAGUGAAGAUGGCCUUGAAGUCUCUAUAACGGGCUCGCGACCAGUCCAUGAGACCCUCACAGACUAUAAGCUGAAUGUGUGGGGCAGAGAAUUAAACGUUCCCAAAUGCACACCACAAAGAGUGGCACAGUUCAGCUUCAAAGAGCUUUGCGGCCAGCCACUUGCGGCCGGGGACUACCUGGCCCUUUCCACUUCUUUCAAAAGCUUUGUCAUCACCGAUAUUCCAUAUUUAUCUAUCAACGUACGUGACGAAGUCCGUAGAUUCAUCACAUUUCUAGACGCCGUUUACGACAAUGGCGGGAAACUGGCCACUACCGCAGCGGGCCCCUUCCAAAAACUUUUUGUCGAACCAGAGGCUGUUCUUAAUGACUAUCAGUUGCGCUCUGAAAAGCCCGGUGCUGGGGUGUUAGGCAAGCCACUUGACUCCAACAUUUUCACACUUGACGAGGAGCGAUUCGCAUUUGCCAGGGCUCUCAGUAGGCUUACACAGAUGAGUUCUAUGGAGUGGGUCGAGAAGUGA